AAUUGGCUGCCCAAUCUCGGGGUUCGCCUUUACAUCCUCCAGCGGCGCCGAGCGCGGGAGACACAGAGACACACACACACACAGACACGAGGCCAGGAGACCCACAGGAGCCCAGAGGACCCAGGACCCCGGACACCCCGCCGCCCCCUCCCAGAUCCCCCGACCCCCGACCCUGCCGCCAGCAUGGACUGCUGCACCGAAAGCGCCUGCUCCAAGCCGGACGACGACAUCCUGGACAUCCCCCUGGACGACCCCGGCGCCAACGCGGCCGCCGCCAAAAUCCAGGCGAGUUUCCGGGGCCACAUGGCGAGGAAGAAGAUCAAGAGCGGCGAGCGCGGGCGGCAGGGCCCGGGCCCGCGGGGGGCGGGCGGAGCGGGGGGCGGCUCCGGGGGCGCGGGCGGAGGCCCCAGCGGAGACUAAGACAGAUGAAUGAGCCUUUUCUAAGUUCCCGAGGAGAGAGACGGAGGCCGCGUCCCCCCGCCCCCCGCAGUGACAAGACCAUCCUGCCGUGUUUGUGACCCCCCCCUCGCCCUCCCCACGGCCCCCGCGCGCUUCUGGAGACCCCGGAGCCGCUCCCCGCGGGCGGACCCUGCUCGAGACGCUCCGUCUGACCCCGGCUGGGCUCCGGACCGGAUUUGGGGUUGGCUUCCCUUUUUUUUCCCGCCCCCCGCCCUUGACAGCUUCUGCGCGCCUCGCCCCCCGCCCCCUUCCCCAUCCAUCCGCAGCCCGCAUGCAGUCACAGCACUGAUUCUCAGCUGAGCGCCACCUCCCCCUCGGAUUCCCUCGCCCUCCACUCUCGGGACCCCGGACCCCAAUCCGGGCCGGCCCGAGAGAGCCCCUCUUGGAGGCGUCUGCAGGACGAGGGGGCCGCCCCUUCCCCCGCCACCCCCCCCAAUCUGCAUGAACUGCCCUGAACGCUGCAUGACCCUUUCCCUCUAAACUCUAGGAUUUUGGUUCUGUCCCUUCCACUUUGCAGUCUCUCCAGGGGCUGCGCAACCCACCUUCCCCACCGCCCCCCUCCCUCCCCAAUACUCUCGACCCCCCUCCUCCCACGCCAUCUCUGUAAGGGGCGGGGGCGUUCGGCCAGUCCCAUCUUCCUCCCCCUCUCCCCACCUCGAACCCUGUCCUCGGGCCCCAAGGAGGACGGGAUCCCUUCUCAGCUCCCGCCUGCGCUCCUCGUUCUUCCCGGGAGCUGCCUCUCUGCCCCUCUCUUCUGUUAUGCAAACUCCUGGGCGGGACGUGGGCCGAGAAGAAAUGGGGGUGGGAGUGGGGUGGGGGGGAAGGGGGACACGUCUGACCACCGCCCCGACUCGCCCAACUCUCCCCGGGGGCGGGGGCGUGGGGGUUUUUAAUCUCCGUGUGUGCAUGUGACUGCGCCGGGUGGAAUGUCAACAAUAAAGAGGAAUGUCCAAGUGUC